AUUUUAUAAUGGGGUGCCUCACGACUGUCCAUAAUUUUAAAGGGUGCCUCAGGAAUGUCCAUAAUUUUAAAGGGUGCCUCGGGACUGUCCAUCAUUUUAAAGGGUGCCUCGGGACUGUCCAUCAUUUUAAAGGGUGCCUCGGGACUGUCCAUCAUUUUAAAGGGUGCCUCGGGACUGUCCAUCAUUUUAAAGGGUGCCUCGGGACUGUCCAUCAUUUUAAAGGGUGCCUCGGGACUGUCCAUCAUUUUAAAGGGUGCCUCGGGACUGUCCAUCAUUUUAAAGGGUGCCUCGGGACGGUCCAUCAUUUUAAAGGGUGCCUCGAGACUGUCCAUAAUUUAAAGGGUGCCUCGGGGAUUUCCAUAAUUUAAAGGGUGCCUCGGGAAUGUCCAUAAUUUACAGGGUGCCUCGGGAAUGUCCAUAAUUUAAAGGGUGCCUCGGGAAUGUCCAUAAUUUAAAGGGUGCCUCGGGAAUGUCCAUAGUUUUAUAGGGUGCCUCGGGAAUGUCCAUAAUUUUAUAGGGUGCCUCGGGAAUGUCCAUAAUUUUAAAGGGUGCCUCGAGACUGUCCAUAAUUUAAAGGGUGCCUCAAGACUGUCCAUAAUUUAAAGGGUGCCUCAAGACUGUCCAUAAUUUAAAGGGAUGCCUUGAGACUGUCCAUAAUUUU